AAACAGGGUAAUGCUCAGGAUAAAAAGCCUCAAGCCUACAGCAAAAAUGAAAGAAGCAGAAGAGACUUACAUCUAAUGGAAUGAGUGAGGUUGAGAAAAGUAACUAAUUCAGCAGAGUAUUAAAAAUUUGCCUCUAUUACAUAUCCACGGCAGCCUAGUUUAGUUGAUUCUUCAAGUUGUUCCAACUGACAAGUUUUGAAAUGCUUCUGGGACCUCGUUAUCCAGGAGACUGACAUGCUACCUCUACAUGAUUGCUUUUAACUAUUUCUGUCUUAACUGCAAAGCCAAGAGAGGCAGUCAGCUUUUUCCAGAAUGAAGGACAGAAAUGUAUUUUUCAAUCAGUUUCUUUUAAAUGCAGAAAUGGCCUCUGAGAUUUUCUGAGCAGGGAGAGAUACUGAUGUUAAAAGAUUCUCAAUUCUGAUUUCACUACCUGACAUCUCUGCUUUACUCAAUUACUUCUCUCAUAUUCUGACAGAGGGCAAGAGAUAUUUGAACUCAAGACUUGUAAAUUAACAAAUUGUAACUUCUGCAGUGGAGUGAGAAUUUGAUCCUGCAGUGAACAACUUUGUCAUUCAUCAGUAGUGCUUACUACUGAUCAGACGGUAAUACUUCACUACCAAGACACUUUGAAGCUAUGACGAUAUAAAAACUAUCAUCUUCCAGGUGAAUUAACAUCUUGUAGAAUACUGAUUCCUGCACUGAGCACAUGGCACCUGUACAUAAUGUGUCUGAAUUCAUUUUACUGGGGCUUACUCAGCAUCAAGAGUCAGAACAAAUCUGUUUUGUGUUGUUUUCAUUGUUCUAUGCAGUUACUAUAGUGGGAAACCUCCUCAUCAUUAUCACUAUCAAGGGCAGCCGGAGUCUGAUUUCUCCCAUGUAUUUCUUUCUGAGCUACCUUUCCUUUGUGGACAUCUGCUACUCUACAGUUAUAGCUCCCAAAAUGAUUGCUGAUUUCCUUGUUGAUAGGAAAACCAUCUCAUUCUCUGGUUGUUUGACACAGUUCUUCUUUGCCCAUUUCCUUGGUGGUACUGAGAUGUUCCUUCUCACAGUCAUGGCUUAUGAUCGGUACAUUGCUAUAUGCAAACCACUUUAUUACAUGACCAUCAUGACUGGGCAUGUGUGUGGCUGGAUGGUGUUGGGUUCCUGGACAGGGGGCUUUCUGCAUUCCAUUAUACAAACUCUCCUGACUACCCAGCUCCCCUUCUGUGGGCCUAAUGAGAUUGAUCAUUAUCUCUGUGAUGUACACCCUUUGCUGAAACUGGCUUGUACUGACACCUACACUGUUGGCUUCAUUGCUGUUGCUAAUACCGGGAUGAUUUCCUUGACCUGUUUUGUUGUGUUAGUUAUAUCAUAUGUUGUCAUUUUAGUCUCUUUGAGAAGACACACUUCUGAAGGGCACCUCAAAGCUCUCUCUACUUGUGCCUCACACAUCACGGUAGUAAUUAUAUUUUUUGGGCCAUGUAUCUUCAUGUACUUACGACCAUCAACAACUUUCUCAGAGGAUAAGAUAAUCUCUGUGUUCUACACUGUCUUCACCCCUAUGCUGAACCCAUUGAUUUAUACCCUGAGAAAUUAAGAAGUUAAAAAUGCCAUGAGAAAAAUGUGGAUCCAAAAAGUGGACUGAGAAGAUCAAUAAAAAUUGUAAGGUGUAAAUAUAGUACAAUUAGAAACUGAUGGGUGAACUAGAUUUCACCAGCAUUUCAGAGAAAAGUCAUUUUUAUAUUACUGUCUAUUUCUUUUACCGUGAAAACUUGACAAAAGUUUCCUAUGAAUAUUGCUACUGUGCACCUUUUUAAAUACAAUGCUUGCAAUAUUUAAAUAUGAAAA